AUGGAGAAGAAGAAGACGAUCGGUCAGGGCAUGGGCCAGAUGAGCAAGUCCCUCGGCAAGUGGGACGACGAGGGGCGACGAGACAGGCAGAUGGUGGUGGCCCGCGGCCAAGGGACCAGACGAACCACCUUCAAGGACGAAGAAGGCUCAACUUCGCCGCCUUCUGCGGCCGAUCGGCGAGGCCGUCUGCGAGCCGAGGAGGAGGAGGCCUCACUGGUGAACGUGGUCAAGGCCUUCGCGGGCAAGACCUCGGAGACGGUGGACAAGUACGAGGAGGCUCGCAAGAAGUCGAAAAUCAAUCGAUUCUUCAAGGGCGUACGAAACAUCUUUCCCAAAGGAAAGAAGAAGUCCGACAAGAAGAAGAGCAAGGGCGGCGACGCAGCUUCAUCCGAUUCGGAGGGAGACGGAGCAUCAUCCUCUUCAUCAAAGAAGCGCUACGCGAAGGAAGAGAAGAGAAAAGAAAGAGAAAUUGGUGGAGGGAAAUUCCAGGAGAAAGAGAGGAAGAGGAGGGAAGAAGAGGAGCGCAAGCGGCAGAGCGAACUCGAGGACAGGCGCAAGCAACGGAGGGCGAGCGCUGCCGCUGACGAAGAAGAUGAGGAUGAAUCGCGAAACAACAAAUCGUCGGAAGGUGAAGAAGACCAGCUCGAGGAUAGGCGCCAGAUGAGGAAGCAGGAGCAUCUCCUCAAGCGGGCUCAGAGCGCCCCCUCCCCGGCCAAGCUCGAGAAGGAUGAAUCCAGCGACCGCCCCCACAGCAUACGCGAAAAGUAUCGGGCGAAGCUGGAGGCCAAGAAGGCGGCAGCGCUGGUCGAGCUGAAUAAGGAGGAGGCCGAGAAGGAGCAGGCGAGGCAGCGACAGGCGGCCAAGGCCGAGGAGGCCGCCAUCGACAGCUUCCUCGAGCGGGCGGCCCAGCGGCGCCGCGGCACCGAGGAGCGCGUGGGCUUCCGCUCCAAGCGCGCCAGUCUCGACCGAGGCCUCUCCGCCCCACUUCAGCCCAGCGGAGAAGAGGAUGAAGAAGACGAUGAGCACGCCGCACGUCGUCGUCGCUUGGGUCUCGCUACAGCGAAGAAGGAAAAUGGAACCAGUUCGACAUCGUCCAAGAGGAAGAAGGAGGAGGAGAAGGGCAAGGAGGUGGUACGGACGGCCAGCGCGAGGACCCACAAGAAGGUGGUACCGACCCGAGGCCACAGCGAGCCGCAGACGAUGAGCGGCAGCAUGGGCGGCCUCGCCACGAGCGCGGCCAUCGGCGGCGCCAAGCUGGUCGGCCGCUACGUUCAACAGCGGCUCGUCGACGAAAAUGCUGACGUGGACAGGGGCGAAAAAGAUGAAGAUGAAGAUGACGAGGAAGAAGAAGAAGUGGAGAGGGCGCACAGGUGGAAGGACAGGGAGAGGGCGCGUAAGGUCAACGAGCGGAUCGAGGAGACGCGACGCCAGCGCCAGGCCCAGGCCCAGGGCCGCCGUCCGAGCCUGGGCAAGUCCUACUCGUGGGCGUCGCCGCGGUCGGGCGACAUCCCCGUGCCGCUCAGCUCGCGCGACCGCAUGACGGCCGCCAUCGAGGGCGCCGCGGCCCGCAACAACAACAACAACGGCUCCGUGGGGUCGACCUCUUCGCGCGCCAGCCCGAGCCGAGCCCACGCCGGCGUCAACGCCAACGGCAACAGUGGCAGCGGCGAUCGUACGCUUUGGCACAAGAAGGCGCGGGUCAUCCGCGAGCGAUCGCAGCGCAACCUGGGCGGCAGCGGCGGUGGCGCGAGCAGGGGCGACGUGCGCACCACCAGCGAACGCAGGCUCAACUGA